AUGACGAGCGAGGCCGUGCGCAAAGAAGGGCGUGGUUGGGGCAGUUGGACUGACCACUCCUCAUACAUGUCCGGUGACAAUCACUUGAAUGGCGCAACUACUCGAGUGCACAAACGAGCGAUCGUGGAGGACAUCACCCCGGAGGAGGAAGAGCCUGAUGCGCUGCUGAUGCUGUUCCGACUCUCCGUCCCUGUUCCUAUCUUCUCAGUUGUCGCAUCCCUGUAUACCAUCUUCGGUCUGCUCUUCGUCCUCCUGGUGUCGCCCCUCCGUAUCUGUUCCUGCAUUCGAUACCUGCGGAACACGUCUUUCCGUGCUCAACUGUGCGACCUCUUAGUACCGCAGCUACACAUCCACGAGCGGAUUAUCUGCUUGCGCUGGUCAUCCAAGCGAUCGGCCUCCACCCAACCGAUUUAUGAUCCGGAGGGUUCUUUCCUGGACGAGCCACUGGAAUCAUACACCAUUGGCGGGUUGAUCUCGGUGCUGCUCUUGUCGCCCUUCUUCUCGAUCGCGAUUUUGCUGCCAGCCUGGAUCGCCGCUUUUUUCUGGAUCUUCUCCAUGGUCAUGGGUAACCCGGACGGCACGGAGCGUAAAGACGACGGGCGGGCCGCGGUCCUCGGGGUCAGCCGCUGGUGGCACUUGUGGCUGGGGAAAGCCCGGAAGUCCCCUUCUUAA